AAUCCUCAAUUUGACGGUGAGCGUCAACAGGUACAAUACUUUGCGCGCGGGGUGUCACUUGGAAUUGCCUAAAGACAUUAAAGUGAAGAACGCGGUGAUCAAACUACGAUCAAUGGACAAUGCGUGUUUUGCGUGGGCCGUGACGGCUACUCUGCAUCCAGCUGAAAGAAAUUCGGGAAUUAUCAUACCCGCAUUAUUCAACGGUACUGAAUUAACAAGACAUUGAGUUCCCAAUGACGUUGAGUCAAAUUAAACAGUUCGAACAACUCAAUGACGAUAUAUCCGUCAACGUCUAUACCAUCGAGGGACAGAAGACUUCAAAAGUUCUUCCAAUACGGCUUACCGACCGCACGGAUAAAAACACACGUGAAUCUGCUGUACGUGCAGGACCCGCGAAACAACAAUGUUGGACAUUUUGCGUGGAUUAAACAUCUAUCCCGCCUCGUGAGCUCGCAAAUUAAUAAACAUGGACAUACAAAGUACAUUUGUGAUCGAUGUCUUCACUACUUUAGUUCGAGCGACAAGUUGCAGUCUCACACAACAGACUGCCGAGAGGUAAACAACUGCGCUAUCAGACUACCGAGCGCGGACAAGUGGCUGAGCUUCAAGAACCACAGCAGGAAAGAGCGACUUCCCUUCGUGGUGUAUGCCGAUCUGGGGUACGUGCUGAAGAAGACAACCGGAGACGGAACACGCGUCAUACGCCUAUCAACAUCAUCGGGUAUGUAAUAUAGGAUACUACGUACAGUGCUCGUAUGAUGAAACGUUAUCAGCGUAUCGAUUUCGUCGCAAUAAUGACUGCGUCGCGUGGUUCGCCAAGAAACUCAAAAGAUUGGCGCAUCGCGUAAAAAACAUUUUGUCCGACAUUGUAUGCAUGGUAGACCUAACGCGAGACGAGUGAGAGACAUUUCACAGCGCGGCGCAAUGUCACAUUUGUGAAAAACCGUUCGCGUCAAUUGACAAUCGUGUACGCGAUGAUUGCCACCAUACCGGGCGUUAUAGAGGUCCAGCACAUUCGACAUGCAAUCUAAAUUAUAAGGAUUCUCACUUUAUCCCAGUAAUAUUUCACAAUCUAUCGGGCUAUGACGCGCAUUUUAUUAUCACGGAGAUAGCUGCCGCGUUCGAAGGCUCGAUCGAUGUACUACCUAUAACAAAGGAAAAGUACAUCUCAUUCACUAAACACGUAAAAGAUACUGCUGAAAGAUCAGAUUCGCGAAGCGAUAUAAAAUUAAGAUUCAUCGACUCGUACAAAUUUCUGAGCACAAGUCUCGCAAAAUUGGCAUCCUUCCUCGAUAAAAAUAAGUUGAAAAUUAUACGUUCCAAAUUUUUCGCGUUAUCCGACAACGAUUUCAAAUUAUUGAUGCGAAAAGGUGUCUUUCCAUGCGAAUACGUAGACGGCAUAGAAAAGCUGGAGGAUACGUGUUUACCACCGCGCGAUUCAUUUUACAAUUCCUUGACCGGUGACACUGUAUCCGAGAGCGAUUACGCGCACGUCGCGAACGUAUGGCAGCGAUUCUCCGUUCGAACCCUGGGCGAAUACAGUGAUCUAUACCUGAAAACCGAUGUCUUGCUGUUGGUCGACGUGUUUGAAAAGUUCCGCGAUAGCUGUAUCGCGAGUUACAGACUUGAUCCCGCGUACUACUACACUUUACCAGGCUUUACGUGGGACGCCAUGUUGAAACAUACGUGUGUCAAUUUCGAACUGCUGACCGACAUUGACAUGGUCAUGUUUAUCGAACGAGGUAUUCGUGGCGGUCUGAGUCAGUGUUCAAACAGAUACGCGCAGGCCAACAACAAGUACAUGCAGUCGUACAAUCCAUCGAAACCGUCGUCGUACCUGAUGUACUUUGAUGUCAACAACCUGUACGGCUGGGCGAUGUGUCGGUCACUGCUCUACGCAGAUUUUCGAUAGGUCAAAGACGUGUCAAAUUUCGACUUUAGCGCGAUUGCUUCGGAUUCGCCUAUCUGCAGCAGUGCACGCGCCACGGCCUUUGCGUCACAAAAAUACAUCGCGUAUUGCAAUUUGCUCAAUCUGCGUGGCUCCGCGCUUACAUCGAACUUAAUACAAAAUAAAUUUCUAAAAAACAUUGGCCAAAAAUGAGUUCGAAAAAAAUUUAUAUAAAUUAAUGAAUAACGUGGUUUUCGGGAAAACGAUGGAAAAUGUACGCAAUCACGUCGAUGUAAAAUUACUGACAAAGUGGGACGGACGAUACGGCGUGGAGGCAAUGAUCGCGCAACCAAAUUUCCACAGCAGGAGCUUGUUUUCGAAAAAUCUGAAAGCCGUCGAACUGCGCAAACUCGAGGUGAAAUUCAACAAAGCGAUCUACAUCGGCAUGUGCAUCCUCGACUUGUCGAAGGUGUGCCUAUACGAAUUUCACCACGAGUACAUGUCUUCCCUGUACUGCGACUCGUGUAGAAUCAUGUAUACCGACACGGACAGUCUGAUUUAUCAUAUCAAGUGCGACGACGCGUACGAGAACAUGAAACGCGAUAUAGUCAGGUUCGACACGAGUGAUUACGCGGUAGACAACGCUUAUGGUAUGUCUCUCGUCAAUAAAAAAGUGCCGGGCCUGAUGAAGGACGAAAACAACGGUGCCAUUAUGACCGAAUUCGUUGGACUUAGGGCGAAAAUGUACGCCUUGCAAGUCGAUGGUAAGAAAGAAUGUAAAAAGCAAAAGGUGUCAAAAGCAACGUCAUCGCGCGCACCAUCACGUUCGACGACUACACGCGGUGUCUGAACGAUGAGAUCGAAAUGACUCAAUCGCAGUCGUGCAUAAGAUCGAAAAUGCACAAAAUGUACACUAUCAGCGAGACGAAAAUUGCUCUGAGUCCGUACGACGAUAAGCGAUAUAUCGUGCCGGAUUCGACCAAUACGUUGCCGUGGGAACAUUACCGAAUAUAACGUAUG